AUGAAGCUUACUUUCAGAGAUCUCAAGCAGCAGAAAUUCACCAUCGAAGCCGAACCAACCGAGACUGUUGGCCAGGUUAAAGAAAAGAUCGCCCAGGAGAAAGGAUGGGAGGCCUCGCAACAGAAACUGAUCUAUUCCGGUAAAAUCCUCCAAGAUGCCAACACCAUCGAAUCCUACAGCAUCGAAGAAAAGGGCUUCAUAGUAUGCAUGGUGUCAAAGCCAAAGCCCUCUCCUGCUGCAGCUGCUGGCGAAGGUCCAUCCACGCCGGCCAAAGCAGCUCCCGCCGUAACGCCUGCAGCCCCAGCUCCAUCCGCUGCCCCCGCUGCUCCCCAGGUACCGCUUACACCCUCUCCAGCAGCUCCUGCGACCUCGGCUGGAGCCUCCGCUGCCGAACCCCUCAGCUUCAAUGACCCCUCCGCUCUAGCCAUGGGUCCCCAGGGCGAGGCCGCCGUUGCUCAAAUGGAAGCCAUGGGCUUUCCCCGGUCCGAAAUUGAUCGUGCGAUGCGAGCAGCGUUCUUCAACCCAGACCGUGCUAUCGAAUACCUUCUCAACGGCAUCCCAGAGAAUGUCCAACAGGAACAACAGCAAGCACCCGCCGCAGCCGCAAGCCCCCCUCAGGCAGAAGGUACCCCAGCUCCCCCCCCUGCCACAUUGCCCACAGCUACCGGUGGCGAAGAGCCAGUGAACCUGUUCGAGGCUGCCGCACAAGUUGGUCAAGCUGGUGCUCAACCUCGUGGAGGACGUUCAGCCGCGGCAGGCGGCGGAGAAGCUGGAGCAUUGGGCAAUCUCGACUUUCUCCGAAACAACCCUCACUUCCAACAGCUGCGUCAGCUUGUUCAACAGCAACCUCAGAUGUUGGAACCAAUCCUGCAACAGAUCGGAGCCGGGAACCCGCAGUUGGCGCAGUUGAUCGGACAAAAUCAGGAACAGUUUCUUCAGCUCUUAUCUGAAGACAUUGGAGAAGAGGGCGGCGAGCUUCCUCCCGGUGCGCAUGAGAUCCGUGUCACAGAAGAGGAGCGCGAUGCUAUCGAGCGACUUUGCCGUCUGGGAUUUCCGCGGGAUUCGGUGAUCCAAGCCUACUUUGCCUGCGACAAGAACGAAGAGCUGGCCGCCAACUUUUUGUUUGAGCAACCCGACGAAAACGACGAACAAUGA